AUGUCAUUAUCCUAUAAGCAUGUCUUGCUCGUUGGCGCCACCUCAGGAAUCGGCAGAGCGAUGGCCGACCGUUUGAUACAGGCUGGCAUCAAGGUGACUGCGGUAGGCCGCCGGAAAGAGCGCCUCGAUGAGUUCGUUGAGAAGCACGGGAAAGAAAAGGCCGCUGGGAUGAUCUAUGAUGUCAGCGACAUUGAUAAGGCCCCUCAGUUCGCCGCAGAUGCGUUCGCUCAAUAUCCAGACAUUGAUUGUGUCUUUCUCAAUCCUGGCACUCAGCGCAAGUACAACUUGGUUGAUCCGAAGGAUGGGGAUUUGUCGGAUUUCAGAGCAGAGAUGGAUGUCAACUUUACCAGCUAUGUCGCUCUCACUCAGGCAUUUGUUCCAUUUCUGACCUCCAAGUCAGCGUCUACAAGCUUCAUAUUUACCACGUCCCUUCUGGCUCUUGUGCCUGCGCCGAGGAUCCCGGCCUAUUCAGCAUCCAAGGCUGCCCUGGGCGCUUUUGUAUACUGCCUGCGAGACCAGUUAGAUGACUCCAAUGUGAAGGUCAUCGAGCUAGCGCCCCCUCUUGUUUCAACCGAACUACACGACUACUUGGGCGUUGAAAAAGGCCGAAGCAUGGGUAUGCCGGUUGAGCAGUAUGCCGAGGAUGCAUACCAAGAAUUGGAGAAAGGAAGCGACGAAAUUAUCGGAGGAAGUGUUGGACCCACGGAUCUCUUCAAGGGCCUGACUGAAAAGCGCCGCGAUAUCUUCAAUCAGUUUGCACCCUUGCUUCGCCAUGCGGAUUGA